ACCUGAUCAGGGGGAACCUGCUUCCCUCUGCUCGCCUCUGGAUCACCACACGACCUGCAGCAGCCAAUCAGAUCCCUCUUGGCUGUGUUGACCUGGUGACAGAGGUCAGAGGGUUCACUGACCCACAGAAGGACGAGUACUUCAGGAAGAGGUUCACAGAUGAGCAGCAGGCCACAACCAUCAUCUCCCACAUCAAGACGUCACGAAGCCUCCACAUCAUGUGCCACAUCCCAGUGUUCUGUUGGAUCACUGCUACGGUUCUGGAGGAUGUGUUGAAAACCAGAGAGGGAGGAGAGCUGCCCAAGUCCCUGACUGAGAUGUACAUCCACUUCCUGGUGGUUCAGACCAAAGUGAAGAGCAUCAAGUAUGAUGGAGGAGCUGAGACAGAUCCAUUCUGGAGUCCAGAGAACAGGGAGAUGAUUGAGUCACUGGGAAAACUGGCUUUUGAGCAGCUGCAGAAAGGAAACCUGAUCUUCUAUGAGUCAGACCUGACAGAGUGUGGCAUCGAUAUCACAGCAGCCUCAGUUUACUCAGGAGUGCUCACACAGAUCUUUAUAGAGCAGAGAGGACUGUACCAGCACAAGCUGUUCUGCUUAGUCCAUCUGAGUGUUCAGGAGUUUCUGGCUGCUCUUCAUGUUCAUCUGAAAUUUAUCAAUACUAGAGUCAAUCCGCUGUCAGAAGAACAACAAAUAUUACAGAAGUCUGAGACAAGAACAAACAAAUCUACAGAGACACAGCUCUACUGUGAUGCUGUGAACGAGGCCUUACAGAGUCCAAAUGGACACCUGGACCUGUUCCUUCGUUUCCUACUUGGUCUUUCACUGCAGACUAAUCAGACUCCUAUUAAAGGCCUUAUUAAACAGACAAUAAGGGAUUUAAAAACCAAGGAAAUAGUUCAGUACAUCAAGAAGAAGAUAUCAGAAUCUCCAUCUGCAGAAAAAAGCAUCAACCUGUUCCACUGUCUGAAUGAACUGAAUGACUGUUCUCUAGUGGAGGAGAUUCAACAGUACCUGGACUCAGGAAAAGUCUCUACAAAUGAACUCUCUGCUGCUCAGUGGUCAGCUCUGCUCUUCAUGUUGGUGUCAUCAGGAAAAGAACUGGAUGAGUUUGACCCAGUUAAAUACUGUUCAAGCUUUUCAGAGAAGGAUCUUCUGUUCGUACUGGGAGUGAUCAAGGUCUCCAAGAAAGUUGUACUAGAUGGAUGUAACCUGUCAGAGAGAGGCUAUGAAGCUCUGUACUCAGUUCUUAGCUCUCAGUCCUCUAGUCUGAGAGAACUGGACCUGAGUAACAACGACCUGCAGGAUUCGGGAGUGAAGCUACUGUUUGAUAGACUGAAGAGUCCUAACUGUCACCUGGUGUCUCUCAGACUGAGUGGCUGUAAUCUGUCAGAGAGAAGCUGUGAAGCUCUGUCCUCAGUUCUCAGCUCUCAGUCCUCUAGUCUGAGAGAACUGGACCUGAGUAACAACGACCUGCAGGAUUCAGGAGUGAAGCUACUGUCUGAUGGACUGAGGAGUCCUCACUGUCAGCUGGAGACUCUCAGGUUGUCAGGUUGUCUGGUCACAGAAGAAGGCUGUGCUUCUCUGGCCUCAGCUCUGAGCUCCAACCCCUCCCAUCUGAGAGAGCUGGACCUGAGCUACAAUCAUCCAGGAGACUCAGGAGAGAAGCUGCUGUUUGCUGGACUGGAGGAUCCACACUGGAGACUGGACACUCUCAGGGUGGAGCCUGGUGGAGCCCAAUGGUUGAGACCAGGUCUCAGGAAGUAUUUCUGUCAACUCACAAUCAACACAAACACAGUAAACAGAGAACUACAACUGUCUGACAACAACAGGAAGGUGACACAUGUGGGGAAGAAUCAGCCAUAUCCUGAUCAUCCAGACAAAUUUGAUCUGUGUCCUCAGCUGCUGUGUAGAGAUGAACUAACGGGUCGCUGUUUCUGGGAGGUUGAGUGGAGAGGACAUGUUAAUAUAUCAGUAGAAAUCAAAUGGCAAGGAGACAGUGAAAACUUGUUGUUUUGUAGAAACAAUGAGUCCUGGAGGCUGAGCUGCUCUGAUGAUGAUGGUUACUAUGCAUGGCACAAUGGCAUAGAAACACCCAUCUCCUCCUCUGCUGUGUCUAACAGAGUCUCAGUGUAUGUGGACCGUCCUGCUGGUUUUCUGUCCUUUUACAAAGUCUCCAAUGACAAACUGAUCCACCUUCACACCUUCUACACAACAUUCACUGAACCUCUUUAUCCUGGGUUUACAGUCUGGUCUGAUUCUUCUGUGACUCUCUGUGAUGUGUAGUAGUGAGUGUUUGGUCCUGUUAUUUUAUCAGAGAGAAAGACCCCACAAAGUGCUCUUCCACAUCCAGCACACUAGGAGGUGCCUCAUAAGAACUAUGUAGGAGAAUGAGUUACAGCCAAAAAGUCAGUUGAGUAACCACAAUUACGUUAGUCAUUUCUGACUUCUGUAUUGUUAUCUGUAUCUUUUUUAUUAUUUUGUGUUUUGAGAUUCAAUUAUUUUUGGGUAAUUUUAUGUCUGUAUUUUCUUCUCACCCUGACCUGAAAUUUGAAACCUGGAUCCAGUGUCAUGAGAUAAACUGGUGCAAUAUACAGUAAAAACACAAUUGUCUGCGUUGUACAGAAGUAUGUCGAUCUGACCACUGGAUGUCAAUAAAUCCAAUCUGUGUUGA